UUCAUUGUUACAAUGGAGACGGACAGACCACGGUGGGGACGCAGUCGGCGCCGCUAUUUCCAGAACUGAAGGCGACUGAAUUACCGGAGAAUAACGGGAAAAGACAGAAAAUAACGGGUCGGGGGGAAAGGGAUAGAAUGGAGACGGUGGAACAACUCGUGUCCUUUCAACACAUCCAGGUCCAGCUGAGCGGCGGCGCUCCGUGGGGCUUCACGCUGAAGGGAGGGCUAGAGCACGGUGAGCCGCUCAUCAUCACCAAAAUUGAGGAUGAUGGGAAGGCGGAGCUCAGCAGGAAGUUGAGGGUGGGAGACGAGCUCAUUAACAUAAAUGGCUCCGCCCUCUACGGCAGCCGCCAGGAAGCGCUCAUACUCAUCAAGGGGUCCUACAGGAUCCUCAAGAUCACCGUCAGAAGACGCACCGUUCCCGUGAUCCGACCUCACUCCUGGCACCUGACCAGAGUACCAGAGCCUCCUCUUCCUCCUCCUCCUCCUCCUCCUCCUCCACCUCCUCUCCCAUCCUGCCUCUCACCCGAAGACCAGGAGGACUCUCCUCCCCUCCCCCCUCCUCCCCCUCCCCUGUCUACCAUGCAGCUUCACCCUGGGGCCUGCCCUCUGUCCUGGAACAACUCAUCCUCCUCUGAACACAGUGACCUCCAGUGGGGGCAGCUCUCUCGGCCGUACUCAUCCACCGACCGUAGCAGCUCCCUGGGCUCCAUGGAGAGUUUGGACACGCCCACCCCGACGCCGCGCCCGUUCGGCGACGCCCACCCCUCCCCCGUCGACUCCGCCCUCUCCAAGCGAGACUCCGCCUACAGCUCCUUCUCGGCCAGCUCCAACGCGUCCGAGUACGCCGCCGCGGUGUCGCUUCGCCCGGGCGAGGCCAACUCCAUGGACAACCUCCUGCAGAGCCUGGGACCGGCCUGCCGAGGGUACCCAGGCGGGGACACCCCUGUCCUGGGGAGGGCUGUAGGCGAGGCCCCGGAUGACGCAGGGUUGGUGGUGGUGGGCCUCAAAUCCAGGUCGCUGACCAGGCCAAAGACGAGGCCCGCUGUGGUCAAGGACCGGCCUUCCUCCUGCUGCUAUGAGGAGGAGCGGAGGGGAGGAGGAGUCUUUGGAAGAGCGAGUGACGACGAUAAGGAGCUGGGAACCAGUAUUAACCCCCCUCGACCUCCGACCAGGAAGGACAGUUUCAGGGCCACCAGGAGCAGGAAGAAGAGCCCCGACUCGGGUCCACCGGAUGGGGUUUCUCCUGCGUCCUCCUCUAACCGCGACGACGACAACGACAGUGGCGGCGGUGGCGGUUCCAGACCCUCCCGCCUCCGUCGACAACCGGAUGCCCCCAACGGCUGCACCGCGGAGCCGGCUGUCGGGGACAGCAACGGUAACCCAAAAGAAGACCCUUUGGAAUGUUACCUGAACGCCCGGAACCAAAGCAAAGCACUCCGUUUUCUGGAAAGGGACUGCGGCACCAAGACAGUCUACAUAUCAGAGGAGCACAAAGCUCCCCCGGUUCCUCCCAAGAGCUUCACCGCUCUCCCCGCCACCUGCUCCUCGAACCCUGCCUCCUCACCUCCAGAGCCACCGAUGGAGGACCAGGGGGAACUCCAGGCGUUGCACCCCAGGGCUAGGUGCUCCUCCUACGGGGAACUGCAUCACCAGAGCGACCCCGAGAACCUCACCACCAGCACCAGCACCACCACCACCACCACCACCACCAGCCAGUCACUCCACCUCAACGGAGACGCCUCUUCAUCUGGACCUAACGACCGCUCACACCCCCCUCCCUCAGGACCCCUGCCCUCGCCCCCCUCUAGUAGCGGCUGUUCCUACCGCUCGCCCCUCCAGUCCGCCAGCGAAGACCCCCGCAAGGACCCGCCAUUAGCUCUGGAUCACUGCCCCGACCCCGACCCCGCCCUGGAGGCCCAGCAGAGCAGCUGGGGGGGCAGCCGCUGCUCCACCCCGGGCUCAGUGUUCCUGGAGCUGGACGCCAUCGCCGGAGACGCGGGAGGAAGGUCGGAAGACGGGGAGGGAGGCUCCGCCGCGGGGUCGGGAUUCUCCCCGCCUCACGGGCACCAUCCCUGGGGUCGGUCGGCGAGCGUCCCGGGGGAUCUGGCGGCCCCCUGCGCGGACCACGAAGGACAGGCCGCCGGUCGGCUGGCGGACGGAGACUUUGUGCCUCUGAGCGCGGCUGCGAGUGUGGACAGCUUGCUGGAGGAGCAGAGGGGAGGAGGAGGAGGAGGAGGAGGAGGAGGAGGAGGAGGAAGGGAGGCGGAGGACGGAGACGCGGCGGCGAAGAGGCUGAACUCGUCCAAGAACCUCCGCCGGCACCGCCGUCGGAGCGAGCGCUUCGCCACCAACCUCCGCAACGAGAUCCAGAGGAAGAAGGCCCAGCUGCAGACCGGCCGGGGCCCCGGGGGACUGCUGCACAGCGGGGCCACCCUCCACGAGGAGGAGGGCCCGGAGCUCCAGGACCUAGGCUGGGGCGACCCGGGCCCGCCCGCCCAGGAACGGAGCCCGAACGCGGGGUACUGCCGCUCCACCUCCGUCUCCACGUCCGAGUCCGGGCAGGAAGGUUCCCAGGGCGAUCCGAGGGGGCCCGCCCGGAGCCGGGAGUCUCCGACCCCGGUUCUGGACCUGACCACGCCCAGCUUCGGGGUCAGCAUCCGGGUGGUGGAGGAACCGGCGCCAGCCGGCAAGGCCCGCCGCUGGCGCUGGACCCCCGAGCACAAGCUCCAGCCGGAACUGGAACCAGGCCAGUGGUCCGGCGCUGAGCGACCCGAGGCGAAGACCCCCGGGGGGUCUCGGCACGGGGUCUGCGCCUUCGCCUGCACCACCAACUCCGCCAACUCCUCCUCCUCCUCGUCCUACGGCCGAUCCUACUCCACCUCCCGCAUCGAGGAGUCCGAGAUCCUGCCGUUCGCCGACCGGAUGAAGUUCUUCGAGGAGACGAGUCGGAGCGGCUCGGUGUCCAGCCUCUGCAGCCCGCGGAGGCAGGCUUCCCCUGUGGCCGAGCCCCGCGGCGGGGGGGACCCCGGCCAGCACCGAGCCCAGCGGAGGUACUCCUACCAGGGGGGGGUUCUGCAGGAAAGUGCCCCGCCGCCCGGCAGCGCGGAGGCCCGGAGACAAUCUGUGAGCACCAACAGGGAGAAGGAGAGGGAGAAGGAGAGGGAAAGAGAAAGAGAGAGGGAACACGAGAGGGAGGACCGGGCGAGGGAGAGACAGAGGGAGCGGGAGGAGAGACAAAUGGAGAGACAAAGGGAGAAGGAGCGGGAGGAGAGAGAGCUGAUACUGCAGAGGGCGGAGAGACUGCAGGCGAGGGAGAGGGAGAGAGAGAAGGAGAGGGAGGAGAGGGUGAGAGAGUGGGCGAGGGAGCGAGAGAGGGAGGAGAGGGAGCGAGAGAGGCAGGCCAGGGCGAGAGAGUGGGAGAGGGAGAAAGAGAGGGAGAGGAAGAUGGAGGCCGAGCGGCUGAGGGAACAGCGGGAACAAGAGAAGGAAUGGCUGGAGAGAGAGAGGAGACAGAAGGCCCGGGAGCGAGAGGCCGAACAGGAGAGACUCUCUCAGCUGGGCCAGAGCGAGGACCUGCCCAGACGGAGCAGCCCCGGCCUCCAUCAGGACGACCAGCCCCAUCAGGCCCCGCGCCCCCAGGGCCAAGCCCAGGACCAGCCCCCGCGGUCGGCCUUCCACCCCGUCGGCGGCCCCUCUCUGCACGAGGGAGAGAACCCGGGAUUCACGUCCAGGAGCUACACACCUGACGAGGCUCACCCAACCCGCAAGACGCAGGAAGCCCCAAAGCUCAACAGGAAGUACAGCCUGACCGAGAGGGACUAUCCCAGGUUGAGGAGUGACUCUGUUCCCCUGGAGGCCGUUCAGCCUCAUCCCCAUCGCCCCCAGCCUCAGCAUCAGCACCGCCCCCACCAGCCCGUCACCACGGAGACCACCCGAGCACGCCGCGCCGCGCCGCGCUCCCUGGCACAGCAGGGCCGGGCCAUGUCGGAGAACGACCUGCGCCACGACGCCGGCCGGCACCCCCGCCGGUCGCCCGCCGUCUCCAUGACGACCAGCCAGAUCCUCAGCGAGGCGGACGAGAGCGGGCGCGAGUCGGGGCCAAUCAGGAAGAAGGUCCCGCCCCCGCCGAGGCCGCCGCCCCCCAAGUGGGAGGAGUUCCACCGCAGGCGGGCGUCGCACCACAACCUCUACUCCACCCCCCCCUCCUCCUCGUCCUCCUCCUCCCCCCUGUCCUUCUCCCCUCUGCCGCCCUAUCACUCCAUCCCCCCAGCCUUCCUCCCCUCCAAUGGAGACUCCUCCUCCUCCUCUUCCUCCCGGCUCCCCGUGGAGCCGUCCAGGCCGCGCUCCUACAGCCUCCCCCCAGAGAGGCCUCAGGUCCUGGGGAGGAACCAGGGCCCAGAGCCCGCCGGCCCACCCUCCAGCCAGGGCCAGGCCCAGCCCCGCCUCCAUGACCGCCCCCUCGCUAGCCCCACAGCCAAUCAGCACCCGGCGGCAGAAACACUGGACCGCCCCUACAAUCACAGCACGGACAAUCUAAAUAAGGCACAUGUUCAGGGCCAUUGUGCCUAUUCUCAUGUCGUAGCCAAUCAAAAUCAAGAGCAGAAUCACAAUCGUCCUCGUUCUAGCAGCUCAACCAAUCAGAGCCCGGAGCCCUUGCAGGACCGCCUCUUCAAUAUAGCUCCGCCCAGUCCCAUGUUUUCCAGGAGGGCGUUCCGGCCAGUGGCCCCACCCCCAAGGGAGAGGGGCGGAGCCUCGAGGAGUCAACAGGAAGAAGUGCAGGAGAAUGGAGGGGCUGUACUUCCUCUUCCUCAUCCUUCGUCAGCGCCGGCAGGAAGCUGUGUUAGCAGCUCGUGGGAAACCCAGCGGUCCAGACAGGAGCCCGGACAGGAGACAUCCCCACCCAGGCACCAGGCGGAUCAAAGAGCGUCGGCCCAUUGGGAUAGGAAGAGGACUCCAUCUCCCAGCAUGCACUGCAACACGUCACACGCUCCUCCUCCUCCCGCUGCGACCACUGCGUUAGAGAACGGAGUCGUUCCCGCCCCGGAGCGCUACGAACAGCAGCGGAACCACAGAGGGUUCCGGAACUACCUCGGGAACGCCGGCGAUCCGGAACACCGGGGCGGGAGUGCGGAACCCGAAACGGAACCGGCGGGAACAGAGUCGGAGGCGACGCUGAGCCCCAGCCCCGCCCACAGCCUGGAGGCGGAGCUGGACAUCCCCAUGGAGACGGACAUUGACGACUAUCAGGAGGAAGAGGAGGGGCCUAUGCCCCGGGUCAAUCCAAUCACGAGCGAGCACCCGUGCUUCGCCCUGCCGGUCACGGUGGUGGAGACGGACAUCGACGCCUCGCCCGACCUGGACGCCUCUCCUCCGGGCCGGACGCGGGCGGUGAGCGGGUCCCUGGAGGAGGAGGAGGAGGAGGAGGAGGAGGAGCUGAGGGCCCGGGGCCCCGGCAGGGAGCAGCUCUCCCCCCUGGGCAGCGAGGGGGAGUGGGGCCCCGAGAGCUGGAGGGGGGCGUACCGGGGCCUGGGCCACGACACCGACAGCUUGGAGAGGCACUCGGGCAGGAGCUCCAGCUGCUCCUCUCACUACGGCGUGCCAGCCACCAGACCUCAGCUGCCCUCCCACAGGAAGGACCCGCCCGACCUCCGUCACCACGACGACGAGGAGGAGGACCUCACCUACAAGCGGCAGCUGAUGGAGAGCCUGCGUAAGAAGCUGGGCGUGCUGCGAGAGGCCCAGAGAGGCCUGCAGGAGGACAUCAGAGCCAACACUCAGCUGGGGGAGGAGGUGGAGAGCUCGGUGGUGGCGGUGUGCAAGCCCAACGAGGUGGACAAGUUCCGGAUGUUCAUCGGGGACCUGGACAAGGUGGUGAGCCUGCUGCUGUCGCUGUCGGCCCGGCUGCUGAGGACCCAGACGGCCCUGGACACCCUGGGGCCCGAGGCCGACCAGGCUGAGAGGCCCCCCCUGGUGGAGAAGCAGAGGCAGCUCAUGCGGCAGCUGUCUGAGGCCCAGGACCUGAAGGAGCACGUGGACCGCAGAGAGCAGGCCGUGGGCCGGGUCCUGUCCCGCUGUCUGUCCCCCGACCAGCACCGAGACUACUGCCACUUUGUGAAGAUGAAGGCAGCGCUGCUGGUGGAGCAGAGGCAGCUGGAGGACAAGACCCGCCUGGGGGAGGAGCAGCUCCGGGGGCUCCGGGAGAGCCUGGACCUGGGCCUGGGCGUGGGCCUGUCCCUGGGCUACGGACACUACUGACAACAGCCCCACCCACCAGGAGUUAGACCGCACCAGGAAGCGGGCUGAACCCAGGAAGUAGACUGAAUCAGAGGGGUCGAGAUUAAGAUCAACCCAAGAGCAAAACCAAGCCAGGGGUGAGGCUGAGCCAGGGAGGGGACCGGAGACCUGGGGAUAUAAAACAGGCUGUUGACAUUCCAACCCCUAACUAACCAAGAAGCACAAUGAGCCAGACGGUAUCACAAAACCAGGAAACAGUCCUGACUCGAGAGAGAGAGAGAGAGAGAGAGAGAGAGAGAGAGAGAGAGAGAGAGAGAGAGAGAGAGAGAGAGAGAGAGAGAGAGAGAGAGAGAGAGAGAUUAUUGGCUGCAAACAUUCCAUACCCAGGAAGUAAACAGGCGUGGCCCGAGAUUGUCCAUUCCAUGUAUCCCAUGUUCCUCCUCAAAGAGAAAGCUAGGAGGAACCCUUAAGACACAGAGACACCACACAUUAGGAGUGUCACACACACACAAACACAUUCAUGGACCACGUCCUACCCUGCUCCUCCUAACACCUACGGGUCGGUGGUGGUCCCACACGGGCCGACAGACACUGGGCGGGUUGUGUGAAGCCCAACAGGAUUAGCCGCGCUCAUUCCAGACCAGGACACUUGAACACACAGAGCACGCCACUCAGCCGAGAGUGGACCGCAGAACGCUUAGCGUUGUGUCUACCACGCGCCAUCGAUUAGCCGGCAAGCGGACCACUGACUCACCGCCUUUCUCCACACGGGGAAUAGAACCUCUUGGGUGGGGUUAGUGCCUUGCUCUCCUUCGGGAGGAGAACCCCUUAACCCCAAGGCUGGAGACUCAUCUGCUGUAACUUUAUACUGUUAUAAACACACAUACGUUAACAACUCCUUCACCGUUGUCCUUCCAAUAUUAUUCAUUACCAAAGAAAAACCCCACUUUCGGCUUGCAUCAGAUUAAAAACGGUGUCAUCGGGACUCAUUUUAUUUAUUUCACAUGUAUAGAUUAAAACGUGAACGAUUUUAAAAAAGAACCGAUUUUUGUUGGUGCUUUGAGGCAAAAAAAUAAAAUCUGUUUAGUACCUGUGCUUGAUUGGAUUCGCUCUCUAGUUUGACCACAUCAGAAGACUGAAGGACAAUAUGUAACGAACGUCCAACACUACAGUAGAAGUGGAGACACAGGAGCAUCGCUGUAUAUUUGACUGUAUAUUUGAGUCGUUUUGGAACACCAUGAAACUUUCCAUGAGAAAAUAUGAAGAUAUGGUUCUGUAAAAUAACAACAAAACACUACCUGUGUGUGUGUGGGGGUGGUUGAGUGUGUGUGUGUGUGUAUGGGUGAGUGUGGUUGUGUGUGGGCAUGCAUGAGCAUAUUUGAUGCAUUUUUUUACUGUUUUGCAUUGUUGCUUUUCACAGUUAACUGCUGAUUAACCAUACACAAAACACACACAACACUACAAUCAAAUGUUCACGAGGCAUAAACAUUUUACUCACAAAAAAACAAACAGACAUAUCGAUCAUACAGAAGCAAUAAGUUUAAUAAUCCAUUCACAUAAAAUCACUUGAGUAUAACGUUGAUUAUCAGUUCAUAAUUUAGCCAUAUAGCCAAUAGAAGUACCGAACAUGUGUUGCUUACAGUUUCAGAAAAGUUAAUGUUUGUUUGAUAUGCUCUGUUCCAGAUUGGUUUUGUAUUGAAUACUUGAGUAUCUUGAACACAUCACUUUGCUUGUUACUGACCACACAAGCAUAUGGAAAAUGCUGCUCAUUCACCUUUAACAGAUGCUCAGCUGCAUCACACUUACAUACAAGCAAACAUCAAACGUGUAAUACUGUCGAUACUGCUUUGUUCUUGCGUUGUAUAUAUCGUAUAUAUAUUGUUGUACUGUAUUGAACAAACUGGAGUCUUAUUGGUUGGUUGAAAAAUUAAAAAAAAACUGUUUUGUUCGGCGUCACCAGUGAGAAAGCACAUAUUUUUCUGUCUCUAGUUUGUCAUAUGUAAUAAUGAUGACCUGUUCCAAUAACGCCUUAUUAAAACAAUUUAACUGCAAAGCGUUCUUUUGUGAGAAUAAAGGAUUGACUACUUUGUGAUGCUGCAAUCACCAUGACAACACACAGACAAGUGAUGUGUUGGUUUGACAGAAAGAAAAAACCCUAUGGAUGACUUUUUCCAUUCUGAUCAAGUCUGAGCUCAAAAAGGUCAGUGGUGCUUUUUUUCUGUACAAAACCAUGUGGAGUAUGUUAAAUAUAUACAACUUUAGCCACAUGUCACACACUAUUUACUUUGCUUUGUGAGGUCAUUCUGAAGUUCCAUAAGAACAUUGUAGAAUAUCAAAACAGAUGUGUUUUUUUUGAUGCCUUAAGUCAGUCUUAUAUUAUCUGCUGGUUGGAAAGGAAACAUAAGUUAAAAGUGUGAUAUUUGCAUAUUAUUUAGGGCAGAGUGGGGACCGCAGAUCAAUGAGCUUCGGGAUGUAAGACGACAAAGAAAGAAUUUGUGAGAAAUUAUUAGAAACAGUAAAAUCCGUUGGCAAGAACCCCCUCAAUGCAAAAAUAUAAACUCAUCAUACGCUGCGGACAACGACCGCAAGGGGUCGCCAUUUAACAUUAAAAGGUGUGAACGUUUGUUCAGAAUAUAUUUCAUAUUACAGCUUGACACAUUGUCUCCAGUGACCACUCAACCACCAGGAAAUUAGGUUUGAGAGAAAACUUACUAGAAUUAGGUUCUGGUAUUUGGAUCAAUUUAAAUGGCGUUCAGUUUUACUUACAGAUUGUUAGUCAUGAUUCUGCCAACAAAGAAUAUACAAGGUCGCUCAUCCAUGCUAUAAUGAACAUCUGCAAUCUGACUUUAUUUUUAUGUUGUGCAUGAUUAAUCUAACGAGAUGUGAAAAACAUAUGAAUGCAUCUACUAAUUGUAGAUGAC